AUGCCUCAAGCCCAGCCCGAGUUGAAGAAGUACAUGGAAAAGCGGGUAUUCUGCCAACUGAACGGCAACCGCAAAGUCAUCGGUAUCCUGCGAGGCUACGAUGUACGUCGUCCUGCUUUCCCCGGAGAUGUCAUUGGAUACUGCUGCGUUGGUGCUGUCGGAUACGUGCUCGACGACCACGGUGCUGGGGUGUUCAUGAACAUUGUCCUCGAUGAGGCUUUCGAGGAGAAGCAGGGUGGAGAGAAGGUCGCUAUCGGCAUGAUUGUCAUUCGUGGUAACUCGGUUGUUAUGCUCGAGGCCCUGGAGCGCAUCAGCGACAAAUAA